AUGCUAUGGAGGCGGUUGCAACCCCUUUCAUCCUACGCCAAACUGAGCAUAUCUAGACCCACUCGAUCUACGCCACAACUUGUGCCAUAUGCUCUCAGACGGUUCAAUGCUACUGACCCUCGAAACACUGGCCAGUAUACCCCUGAUCCCACUGAUCAAAAUGAUGGGGAAGAGGGACAGGAUAAGGGUUCCAAGAAGGAGUCUAACGACCCCAACUUCAAAUCUACCAUUCUAAAGAUGCUUGAGACUGCCGCCACAACGGCUGCUUCAAUUUUUAUUCUGGGAGCGGCGGGUUACUCAUACCAUCAGUAUUACAAGUACUUGAUUCUGGAUAAAAUGGACAAUGCCUUCAGUCCAGGUGAUCCGGCUCUGGAAGUCGCCGGUGUUCUGGCUGGAAAACACCAGUACAACCAUGAGGAGCAUUGGAUAGUUCGCGACGAGCAGCCUCGAAUCGAUGAUAUUGUGGCCGGGCGGACCACUGGUCACUACUAUUUAAUAGUCGGUGAAAAGGGCACUGGAAAAACUUCCAUGCUUCUCGAGUCAAUGCGGAAGAUCAAUGGCGACGGCUGCUCUAUGUUGGAAGCGCAUGGUGAUCUUGAAAUCUUCCGGAUUAGACUUGGCAAGGCUUUGGACUACGAAUUCCACGAGGAUUAUAUCGGCAGUCUAUUUAGCAUCCGGGGCCCACGAGAUACCACCGCACUUUUGGAUAUCGAACGAGCCUUCAACAAGCUAGAGAAGGUCGCUCUGUCAAGAAGACGCAAGCACUCACCGCCGCUAAUUCUUAUCAUCAACGGCACCCAUUUGGUUCGGGAUGAUCACGAUGGACAAGACUUGCUUGAACUAAUCCAGCAGCGUGCUGAACAGUGGGCUGCUAGUGGCCUGGUCACCACCAUUUUUAACAGUGAUGACUACUGGGUAUACGAGCGCCUGAAGCGUUAUGCAACCCGAAUGGAAGUCAUUGCCAUCACCGAUCUACCCAAACACAAGGCGAUAUCUGCUUUAAAAAGAUAUCGCCAACGGUUCUGCCAUGAGGAGCUACCAUCCUCAGUUCUCGAGCAAGUCUACGAUAAAGUGGGAGGUCGUUUGUCCUUCCUCAAUCGAGUCGCCAAGUCCAGCAACGUCCUGAAGACCUGCGCGGAAAUUUGUGAGGCUGAGAAAACUUGGUUCCUCAACAAAUGCUGGAUCCUCGGAAUGGAGAUGGACGAUGAUGUGAUGGAUGAGCAGAAAUUCUCUUCCGCAGCUAUGGUCCUGGCCCAGGCCCUGGUGGAGCGCGAAAAGGAUAUGGAUCAGACCUACGACCCAGAAAGUGGCCAUAUCUUACCUGCCAUUCCGCUCCAUGAAGCACGCGAAAUCAUGACCCGCGCCGACUUUAUUCAAUCAUACGAUCACGAAAACAUCUUUACCAUCGAUUCGCGGGCUAUGGUUCGCGCCGACUCCGUCCCGAUGCAACAUGCGUUCCGACAGAUCUGUGCUGCCGAUGGAUUUGACAAGCAUCUCGAACUCACCUUGGAGCGCAUUGGCGAUAUUGAGAGUCUCGGACGUACGCGCGAGCUGACGAUCAAGGAUCUCUGGAACCAGGGCAAGUAUCGGGUCGUCGUGAAAGAUACCAAGGGAAGGGAGAGUGGGACGGUGGAAUUCUCUGUGGCAGAGCGUGAGGGUGACGAUGAGGAUAAUUAG